AAGUGCUGUAGAUAAUUUAGAAGACAUUGAAGUGAAAUAUAAAGGAAACCACAGUUAUGUUGUCAACAGAAAGACUGGGAGUAAGCCGUUAAUUUUAUAUGGCAGCAUUUAAUCGUUUAGCCAGUGAUUUAGCAGAUGAAUGGACAGAAAAUUUUGGGUGUGCUGCAUGUUCAAGGAGUACUAUAAGUCUAAAAGAAUUGAAGGAAGACGACUACCCAAUAGUUCAGUUAUCUGUUUUUAUCGACCACCCAAUACCAUUUCUGGUUGAAGGAUUAAAAACAAUAAAAGAUCUUGAUUAUCCGAAGAAGAGAAUAGAAUUACUGGUAUACAAUAAUGCAGAUUAUCAUGAGGUUGAUGUUGAACUGUUUCUGUCAGGUUGCAGUGAUGAAUACCGAUCUGUAACAGUGAUUUCACCUAACGACAAAAUGACAGGUACUGCUGCUAGGAAUACUGCUAUAGAUAAAUGUUUACGGACUAAAUGUGCCUAUUUGUUCUUUGUGGAUGGGAAUGUUCAUCUUACAGAUCCUAAAACACUUAAAGACUUGAUUGAACAAAACAGAACUAUUCUUGCACCAAUGCUUUCACAGUAUAAAAAUUACUGGUCCAAUUUCUGGACUGGUCUCAAUGAUCAUGGAUAUUAUGGACAAACGGAGGAUUACACAGAGAUUGUAGAACUGGAGAAAAAAGGUUUGUGGAAUGUGCCAUACAUUAGAUAUGUUUAUCUGAUUCAUGGUUCCCUAAUGCCUAAACUGCAGAGAGCUUUUAUACGGGAAGAUAUAUCGGAUGAAGAAGAGAGAGAUAUCAGCUUUACUAAAAAUAUCAGGGAGAAGGGCAUAUUUAUGUAUGUAAACAACAUGAAAUAUCGUGGACAUUUGGUGAACUAUGAAGACUAUAAUACCACACACUUACACAGUGACAUGUUCCAAAUGUUCCAGAAUCCUUUGGAUUGGGAAAGGAAAUAUAUCCAUGAAAAUUACUCAGUAGCCUUACAAGAUGGAGCAGUUAUAACACAGCCAUGCCCAGAUGUGUACUGGUUUCCUAUUGUGUCUGAUACCUUCUGUGAUCACAUGAUAGAAACAAUGGAGAAUUAUGGGAAAUGGAGUGAUGGAGGACAUGAGGAUGUCCGAGUAGGAGGUUAUGAAAAUGUCCCAACAGUAGAUAUACAUAUGAGACAGAUCGGAUUUGAUGAACAAUUUUUAAAUUUUCUCCAAACUUAUGUCCAACCUUUAACAAUUAAGGUGUUUCCAGGAAUGGAAGAGGAUACCUAUGCUCUAAUGAACUUUGUGGUGAGAUAUCGUCCUGGAGAACAGGACCACCUAGAACCUCAUAAUGAUGAAUCAACAUACACUAUUAACAUAGGACUUAACAGACAAGGAAUAGACUAUGUUGGAGGUGGAAGUAGAUUUAUACGGUACAACUGUAGUGUUGUCAACACAAGAAAAGGUUGGAUGAUAAUGCACCCUGGGAAAUUGACACAUUAUCAUGAAGGACUAUAUACUACGUCUGGAACAAGAUACAUACUGGUGUCAUUUAUAAAUCCAUGAUUAUAAAACUGGAAAAACUAUGACUGAAGUUUUACUUCUGAUUUCUUCAUACGACACCUGAUCUAAAAAAAAAAGUUUACUAGUGUAAACUGAAUUUUAAGUGCAAUCACAGUGCAUACAAAAUGGAAAACCUGUAAUUUACAUUGUAACUAGAUGUCUAAACAGUAUAUUGCUUAAUAAAAUGUCAAAAUUU